UUCGUGCCGCUCGGGUUGUUUUUGUGCGUCGUCCGUCGCCCAGUCGCUCAGUCGCUCAUACGCUCCGUACGCCGCUCGUUCGAUCGCUCUCGCUACUCGCCGCGUUCGCCGCACCGAUAAUAACAACAAUCAAUUCGCCGACGCCAAAAACAAACAAAUAUCAAAACAAAUAGGCUAUAGCUAUAGCUAAAGCUGAGAGCUAUAGAAAAACAGAAAAGUCAGAGAAAUACUAAGUCAGAGAUAUAUAUCUCUCGGAUAUAUAUCAAAGUGCCAGUGACGAGAAUCUGUUUUUUUACCGUGUUGCCAGUGCCAAACAAAAAAACAUCGCAUAAACAAACAUCUCUGGAAUACAAUUAUAUACAUAUACAAAUAUAUAUGUCAUAUAUACCCAUGCUAUAACUAUAUAGUAGCUGGAUCUGAAAACAAGUCGCCAUUGGAAUACAGCACCGUUUUGCUUCUAGUUUUGUUUGUGUUUUUUUUUCGAUCCGAUCGGAAGCACCUUGAGCUACGAUUGACCGACGAGCAGCGAUCCAGAGCGGAACAGAGGAGAUCGCACCAGUGAGGGAGCGAUCCAGCCGCACAGAGACGGACUACAGAAGCCUUCUGCCUUCUUCCGUGGAGACACACAGCUUCAACGUGGCGCUGCACUCGACCGAGGCCUUGAUGGCGGCGGGCUUCCUCAAGUCGGGCGAUCUGGGCCCCCAUCCGCACAGUUACGGGGGUCCACAUCCGCACCAUUCGGUGCCGCACGGCCCACUGCCGCCCGGCAUGCCGAUGCCGUCGCUGGGUCCCUUCGGCCUCCCACACGGACUGGAGGCCGUCGGGUUCUCCCAAGGUAUGUGGGGCGUAAACACACGAAAACAGCGUCGCGAACGCACCACAUUCACACGCGCCCAAUUGGACGUAUUGGAAGCCCUAUUUGGCAAGACCCGUUAUCCGGACAUUUUCAUGCGCGAAGAAGUGGCCCUCAAGAUCAAUCUGCCCGAAUCCCGAGUACAGGUGUGGUUCAAGAACCGUCGCGCCAAGUGCCGCCAGCAGUUGCAGCAGCAGCAGCAGUCGAACAGCUUGAGCAGCUCGAAGAACGCGAGCGGCGGCAGCGGCGGCGGCAGCUGCGGCAGCUCCUCUGCCAACAGUCGCAGCAACAACGGCAACAACAACAAUGGCAGCGGCAACAACAACAGCUCGCAGAGCAACAACAAAUCGAGCCAGAACAAGAACAACUCACAGUCCAGCCAAGGUGGAUCAUCCUCGUCUGGCAACAACAACAACAACAACAACAACAAUUCAGCGGCAGCAGCGGCAAGUGCAGCGGCAGCGGUGGCAGCGGCCCAAUCGAUCAAGACGCACCACAGUUCCUUUUUGAGUGCCGCUGCGGCGGCAGCAGCCGGCGGUACAAAUCAGUCCGGCAACAAUAACAGUAAUAGCAACAACCAACAAGGUGGCAACUCUACGCCAAACAGCAGCAGCAGCGGCGGCGGCAGCCAAGCAGGCGGACAUUUAUCGGCGGCAGCAGCAGCGGCUGCCUUGAACGUGACCGCCGCCCACCAGAACUCCUCGCCCCUCUUGCCCACGCCGGCCACGUCGGUGAGUCCGGUGAGCAUCGUCUGCAAAAAGGAGCACUUGUCCGGCGGCUACGGCUCCAGUGUGGGUGGUGGUGGCGGCGGCGGCGGCGGUGGUGGUGGUGGCUCCUCCAGUGGCCUGAAUCUGGGAGUGGGCGUUGGCGUAGGCGUUGGUGUUGGUGUGGGCGUGUCACAGGAUCUGCUGCGAUCCCCCUAUGAUCAGUUAAAGGAUGCCGGUGGAGAUAUUGGCGCUGGGGUGCAUCAUCAUCACAGUAUCUAUGGAUCGGCGGCGGGCAGCAAUCCGCGACUGUUGCAACCGGGUGGCAACAUCACGCCGAUGGACAGCAGCAGCAGCAUCACAACGCCAUCGCCGCCGAUCACACCGAUGUCGCCGCAAUCGGCGGCUGCAGCGGCACAUGCCGCCCAAUCGGCCCAGUCCGCCCACCAUUCGGCCGCCCAUUCGGCGGCCUACAUGUCCAAUCACGACUCGUACAACUUCUGGCACAACCAGUACCAGCAGUAUCCGAACAACUACGCCCAGGCGCCCAGCUACUACUCGCAGAUGGAGUACUUCAGCAACCAGAACCAGGUCAACUACAACAUGGGUCACUCCGGCUAUACGGCCUCCAACUUCGGCCUGUCCCCGUCGCCAUCGUUCACGGGAACUGUUUCGGCGCAGGCGUUCUCGCAGAAUAGCCUCGAUUACAUGUCGCCGCAGGAUAAGUACGCGAACAUGGUGUAGAAUCUACUCUUCCAGUACUGCAGCGGUGGCAACAACAACAACAACAGUAACAACAGCAACUCCGCCGGGGGCAGUGCAAGUGGUUCGGGUUCGGGUUCGGGAUCCC